AAACGUCCUUCGCGUUUGCUAAAUCUGAAUUACAUGACCAAAGAUGUCUGCGACCAGGUAUCGUCGGUUCCUGAAGUUGUGUGAGGAAUGGCCCCGAGACGAGACCAAGAAAGGGCGAGAUCUGGGGACGUUUCUCCGGCAAAGAGUCGCCUCUGGGUUCCGGGAGGGUGAAAACACGCAGAUUGCAGAUCCUGAAAAAUGUGACCAGAUGUACGAAAGUUUGGCUCGCAUCAAUGGAAAUAUAUACAGACAACGAUUUCCUCGUGUGAGAGACACCAGCUUUACCGGAGUCACAGUGGAAGAGUGUAGGCUGCUCUUGUCAGGAAGUAUGCAACAGAGCAUGGAUGAUGAAAAAAAGGGCUUAUGGAAGACUCUGAUGGAGAAAUUUUCGUCAAAGCCGCCAGAAGAUGCUCCAGAGAAGACUUCAGAAAAAUAACUUAUUUUUUUCAUCUUUUCUUUUUUCUUUCUUUUGUUUUGUGUAUAGAAAUAAAGCUUAUGGUUAUCUUUA